AUGGAAGGUGGAGAUACCUUCAAUGAUUAUGAUCCAUUACUGUUAGAAGAAGUUGCCUCAGCGAAUCGAACUGUAAUUCGAACAAACGGAUUUAUUGGAGUCACAAAACUGUUCGCGAAUGCCCAGGUAACCAAGGCCACGUUGAAUGAAAGAUUCGCAGAGAAGUUUCCGCACAUUCACCUCACAUAUAGCAAAUUGAGGAGUAUCAAAAAAGACCUAUGGUUGCUUUCCAAAGAAUGUGAUGUAGAUGAAUAUACGCUUGCACAAGCGUAUGUAUAUUUUGAAAGGAUUGUUUGCAAGGGAUUGAUUUCGAAGUACAAUCGCAAAUUUGUUGCUGGUGUAGCUUUCCUUGUUGCCGUAAAACUCAACGAUUAUAAGAAGCCGGACAUAACCAGAGUUCUAGAGUGUGCUGAGGAAAAAUUGCGGAUAUCGAGGAAAGAACUGCUUUCUUUCGAGCUACCUCUAUGCUCAGCACUUGAAUUUGAUCUCUUUCCACCUAUUCAUCACAUAGAACCACAUCUCAGGAAAAUCAUGUUCGUUAGACUAUGA